GCGAGAAAGGAAGGCUGGGGGCCGAGAGCUAGUGCUCGACCUUGUAGGCGCGCACGCUCGCACACACAAAAUACUCACGCUUCCAGGAAUAACAAAAGCAACAGGAUGUGCGUGUCAACAUAAUGGAAAGUCGACGUUUUUGGAUGCAGGUGUUGCAAGGGGCCCAGCCUUCUCAGGAGGCGUUGCAAGGGGGCCCAACCUUCUCAGGAGGCGUUGCAAGGGGCCCAACCUCCUCAGGAGGUGUUGCAAGGGGCCCAACUUUCUGAGGAGGCGUUGCAAGGAGCCCCCCAACCUCAGGAGACGUUGCAAGGAGCCCCCCAACCUCAGAAGACGUUGCAAGGAGGCCCCCAACCUCCUCAGAAGACGUUGCAAGGAGCCCCCCAACCUCAGGAGGCGUUGCAAGGAGCCCCCCAACCUCAGGAGACGUUGCAAGGAGGCCCCCAACCUCCUCAGAAGACGUUGCAAGGAGCCCCCCAACCUCAGGAGACGUUGCAAGGAGCCCCCCAACCUCAGAAGACGUUGCAAGGAGGCCCCCAACCUCCUCAGAAGACGUUGCAAGGAGCCCCCCAACCUCAGGAGACGUUACAAGGAGCCCCCCAACCUCAGGAGACGUUACAAGGAGCCCCCCAACCUCAGGAGACGUUACAAGGAGCCCCCCAACCUCAGGAGACGUUGCAAGGAGCCCCCCAACCUCAGGAGACGUUGCCAGGAGCCCCCCAACCUCAGGAGACGUUACAAGGAGCCCCCCAACCUCAGGAGACGUUGCAAGGAGCCCCCCAACCUCAGGAGACGUUGCAAGGAGCCCCCCAACCUCAGGAGACGUUACAAGAGCCCCCCAACCUCAGGAGACGUUGCAAGGAGCCCCCAACCUCAGGAGACGUUGCAAGGAGCCCCCCAACCUCAGGAGACGUUGCAAGGAGCCCCCCAACCUCAGGAGACGUUACAAGGAGCCCCCCAACCUCAGGAGACGUUACAAGGAGCCCCCCAACCUCAGGAGACGUUGCAAGGAGCCCCCCAACCUCAGGAGACGUUGCAAGGAGCCCCCCAACCUCAGGAGACGUUGCAAAGAGCCCCCCAACCUCAGAAGACAUUGCAAGGAGCCCCCCAACCUCCUCAGGAGACAUUGCAAGAAGCCCCCCAACCUCAGAAGACAUUGCAAAGAGCCCCCCAACCUCAGAAGACAUUGCAAGGAGCCCCCCAACCUCUCAGGAGACAUUGCAAAGAAGCCCCCCAACCUCAGAAGACAUUGCAAGAAGCCCCCCAACCUCAGGAGACAUUGCAAGAAGCCCCCCAACCUCAGGAGACGUUGCAAGAAGCCCCCCAACCUCAGGAGACGUUGCAAGGAGCCUCCCAACCUCCUCAGGAGACAUUGCAAGAAGCCCCCCAACCUCAGGAGACGUUGCAAAGAGCCUCCCAACCUCAAGAACACAAUUAA